GCCGAUGGGGAGCGUCAUGGUCGAGGGCAUGAGUGAGAAACUGGGAGAGUUCGACGAGGAGCAAAUAGCACUCAGCCCAUAUUGGGCAUGAGGGAGACGAGCAUAUUUAAAGAAUUCCUACGGAGUUGGAGUCUCACGGCGAUGUUUAAUCCGAUCUCGGAGAUGCACUAGCUUCCCCGAACACAGCCAUUUAAGGAAUAGCGCGGGAAAGGUGCCUGCACUACCGGAACUGCCCCUCCACAGCUUUCCGACCCCAUGCUCAACACCAUGUAGGGCGUAACAUAUGGCGUGCUAGGCCGACCUGGCCAGCCUCAUAUAUCUUUUCUUUCUACUCCUAGUACAGUGAAGUCAGUGGUACUCAGACGCCUUCCAAGGACAUGGACUCCGCAGCAGAGAGCGUCAAUCCCGACGCGACGCGGGUAGUAGAUUCCAAAAAAGUCUGGACAACCCUCAUAACAAACACCUCGUACCUCCCGGGCCUCCUGACCCUCGCCUACUCCCUCCGCAAGCACUCCUCGCGCUACCCGCUCAUCGCCCUCUACACCCCUUCCUUCCCCGCCUCAGGCCACGCCGCCCUCGACGCCCGCUCCAUCCCCAAACAACCCAUCCCCUACCUCCUCCCCUCCGCGCCCAAAGACUUCACCAACGACCCGCGCUUCCACGACUGCUGGACCAAACUCGUCCCCUUCUCCCUGACCUCCUACGACCGCGUCGUCCAACUCGACAGCGACAUGCUCGUCCUGCGCAACAUGGACGAGCUAAUGGACCUCGAGCUCGACCCGCCCCAACUAGGAGGCCAGGGGGAUAAAGUCUUCGCCGCCAGCCACGCCUGUACAUGCAACCCGCUCAAGAAACCGCACUACCCCAGGGACUGGAUCCCCGAGAAUUGCGCUUUCACGACGCAGCAUGCGGACCCGGAUGCGGCGCAGAUACGGGGCGCGCCGGCUACCGCGGGCCUCGCGAUGCCGAAUGGUGGCCUGCAGGUCGUGAAUCCCUCGUCGGCGACGUACCAUCUCAUUUCCGAAGCGCUCGCGUCGCCUUCGUCGACGAGUUCGUACGAUUUCGCGGACCAGUCGCUCCUCGGGGAUCUGUUUCACGAGCGCUGGGUCCCGCUGCCUUAUACGUAUAAUGCGCUCAAGACGAUGCGGGAGAAGGGCGUGCACGACGCCAUUUGGAGGGACGACGAGGUCAAGAAUGUGCACUACAUAUUGAGCCCGAAGCCGUGGGACGAGGAGGAGGGCAAGGAGAGUCUCGAGAGCCACAAGUGGUGGUGGAAGUAUAACAGGGAGAGGUUGGAGGAGGAGAAGAAGGCGGGCAUCGAUGAUGGAUUUUGAGGACGAGACAACUCCAAGGACGGAUGGCAGCGGUAGGGAGUCGAGAUUUGUCUUGGAUGGAGAUUAGUAUUAUUAAUCAUGUUCAUGAUAUCGUCUACC